AUGUCUUCUCUCCAUCUCGAAUUAAAAGACGACGAUCCAUGGUUCAUCGAGGAAAAAAUUUUUAGAAUCCUGCAGGACUACCUACAAGAUCCCACCGCAUCCCCUGCAGUCGCAGCUCAAUCACUAGAUCGACUGUUUCCUGCGAACCGUCCUGACGAGGAUCAACCUGCAGACGAGCCCCGCGAGGAACCGGGAAGUUUUCUCUGGCACUUCUGGGGUGUGGUUCAUGAUGUGGCCCGGCAGAUCCCCUACACCGCUCCUGAACAAGACAGGCUCGCAGAGCUGAUCAAAGCCUUGAAAGGUCUAUCUUCCCAGACCAAAACUGUCUACCUGACGGCAUGGGACUAUACCUUUGACUUGUGGGGAGAUUUGCCGUUGUUAGGUCCCACGUUCAGGGAGAUGUAUGAUUGUAUGGUAUUGGAUGAUAAGGAGGAGCGUGAACAUUGGCAGAGCUUAAAUGCUUAUGCUGCUCGCUUGACUAAAGAUGGCUCAGCUGAUUUGAUCCUCUUCGCGAAAUUUGCAAUCGAAGGAAUGUUAGAAGAAGAUUUAGAGCACCGACUCGCCGAUAACGAUCCCGGAUCUAUUCUGGAAUGUAGAAUAGCUGCGGCAGCGGAAUGGGUCAUACACUGCGGACAGAGACUUGUGGCCGAGGAAGAUGAAGGGAUUGGUAUGGAAAAUUGGCAGAGGUGUAUGGAGAGGUUCAGCAGCGUCCCAGAUAAUGCUUCGAUGAGUCGGCAGACUCGGGAAAGAGCUCAGAAGGCAAAGCAGGUUAUGGAGUCUCUACACCGGAGAUGA